AUGUGGAAAUUGCUAAUUUUCCUUGGAUUUAUUCCGCUCUCCGGUGCCGUUGAUGAUGGAAAAAUUUGCGGUGCCGUCAUCCAAGCGAUGCAGCAACGAUUCAAUACCGCCACACGAUUCAAUACGUACCAAACUAGUUCAUUCGAUGAAUGCGUGUCGAAAUGUUGCGAUUUCCCUUUUUGCGAUGGCGUCUCAUACGACGGAUUUUUUGAAGACCAUCCGGAAAAUUUGAUUGAUAAUUGCGUUUUGGUUAUGUGCGAUCCGGAUUGCUCAUAUGGAAAGAUUGACCCAACGCCGAAUAUUUCUGUUGGAGUUCUUUAUAGAAAUCAGAGUUCGAGCAACUCUAAAGUGAUCGCGGUUCCUCCUGUUGAGGUGGUCGUCGCGAAAAUUGAGCAGCAUGUCGAGGAAGACACGACGACGUCGGAUUUGAUGUACAGUUGCGCGAUUGCCGGAAUCCUCACCGUCAUCCUCAUCGCCGUCAUCAUCGCCUCGCGAUUUUUGUACAUGAGAAGCAUUCGAAAGAACGUCCCCGAGAUGGCGCCGCUCACCUCCGCAAAAACAUGA